AUGACCAAGGAAGAUGAUUACAAAGAAGACUUCGUCUAUGAUAAAAUGUCUACAGUGGAACGAAGAAAACAGAAAGAUGGAAGUUAUACCACUGAUUUUCAAUCCAGUGAUCAUCAGAGGGACAGAAAAUGUCAUACUUGUUUUCAUCACAGGGGAUGGAUCUACACUCUGAUAAUUGGGAGUUGCCUUCUGAUAGUUACUGGCUUCUCAGUUUAUCUGGGAAAUGUAUCUCCUGAUGAAAUGGACUACUUGCGUUGUGCUGCAGGUUCAUGUAUUCCUGCAGCAAUUGUUGGGUUUGCUACAGCUAAGAGAAGAGUUAAUGCAUUACCACACCUCCAGCUUCUCUUUAUCUCCACGUUCACCAUCACAACAACGUGCAUGGUCUGGUAUGGGUGCAAGCUGCUCCUCAAUCCUGCUGCAUUAAAUAUAAACUUUAACUUGGUUUUACUUGUCCUUUUGGAAAUUCUGAUGGCAAGUAAAGUCAUCUUGUCAGCAAGGUCCGACACAAAAUGCUGUAAGAGAAAGAAAGUGCUGUCAUACAACGAGACAACAUUCUUUUGUCACAUAAAGUUCCCAUCUCGUACUCUGAAGUCCUAUUCGGUGGUGGAAGUGAUUGUGGCAAUUUGUGCAGUGUUUGGUGGAAUUAUUGCUCUAAACAUGGGUGCCUUGGUUCCUGGGCCUUACCUCUCGGUGACGUUCUUUUGGAUUUUGGCUGCAUGUUUUCCUGGAGCUAUUGCAAGUCAUGUUGCAGCAGAACAUCCUUCCAAGUUCAUAAUAGAAGCCUUAAUUGCGAUAAGCAGUGUUACAAGCCCAAUGCUAUUCACAGCCUCUGGCUACCUAUCCUUCAGUGUUAUGAAGCUGAUUGACAUCGUUGAGCAGAGUUCAACAAGUUUGUUUCCAUCUUAUGACAUCCUGGUAUUUGCUCUAAUGCUUCUGCUGCUGGUUCAGUCCAGUCUGAUGCUUGCCACAAUCGUCCACUGUGUGAACUACAACAUGCAGGUUAAAUAUUAUGAGUCAAUGUGGAAUACGUCAGACUUCCCAAAGGAGAGCUGUAAGACAGUUGAGAUACCCAAAUCUGCCACAAAGGACUUUGACAAAGACAAAGCAUGGAAAGCAGUAAUGGUUCAGAUGGUUCAGUAG